UAAUACGAAAUACUCGACAGUCAGAGGUCUGGGGGUCUGCUGUGUGACCUUGCAGUGUUUGUAAACAGACACACGUUGCCGUUGUAAAGUAUUGAGAAUAGAAUACAAUCACGAUCUAACAAAGAGUGUCACAAAGUAUUUGCUUGAGGAACAUCGAAAAGAAGUAAAAUCACGAGAGUCAUGGAACUGGAGCCUAUGUGUAUCGCUGAAAACGAGACGGAGGGAUCUCGCGGUGAUCGGAAAGAGGGGGGUAAGAGGGGACGCAAGCCUGGAAGGAAGGCGUCCGACAAGACGGACAUGAAAGCCAAGCUUGAACGAAGUCGACAGAGUGCGAGGGAGUGUCGUGCUCGCAAGAAGCUAAGGUAUCAAUACCUCGAAGAGUUGGUAGCCGACCGCGAAAAGGCUGUGCUCGCACUUCGAAGGGAGUUGGAGAUGUAUCGGCAGUGGGGACAAGAAUUGGACGCCGGACGAGUUCCCGAAGGGCUACAAGCGAUGCUGGAGGAGCUUGGCUCUCUGAAGCGGGAGAAAGUGGCCAACUAACCGAACAAGAAAGAGAGAAAGAGAAACACGAGUCACGAACAUCGAGCUUUUCGCCACUUUUUUUUUUUUUCUCUGCUUUUUCCGCGAUACCGUGGCAAUACCGUGGAACGUUACCCUCCGUUAUUCCCGAUUAUAUUUCUUCGAGUCGAAGAAGGCGUUCUUCGAAGAUUCGGACGCCUCUUCUCCACGGUUGGAAAAAAUCGUUGAAAAAAGACAAAGGAAUGGAAAAAGAAAUAUCCCACCUUACGAUUGCUGUCCCGCUUUUAGCUCUAGUCCUCUUCUCUCGUCUCGUCCAAUCCUCCGAAGAAGAAAAUUGAUUCGGUGUUGUUGUUUCUCUAGUUAUUAUUAUUAUUAAAGUUUAAAGUUUUAUCCUUGACGCUUCACGAAAAGAAUUGUUCGUGUAUCCUUGUUGUUUGUGAUCGAUUAAGUUAAAAAAAUAUUAUCUUUCUUGUU